UGGGAAUAGUAUGCUCACCACCCUAACAUUUUUCCUACCGUCACCAACCACGUCCACGCUAUUUGUUUCCAGGUUAAUUGGUUAAUUGGUCACUAACUGUUGCAUUGUCUGCUCCCAUUAUUCUUCUCUGCAAGAAGUCUUAAUCAAAAUGGGAAAGUUUUCUACGUUUGUGUGGCAAUUUGCCUUGUUUUGCGCCCUCGUCAUUAACCUGGUUGACCGAGUUCAUGGAGACCAGGAUGGGAAUUUCGGGAUUGGCGUUGGUAUUGCUGACGUUACUGGACCGGCUGCUGAUAUUGGGAUGAUGGGAUACGCAUCUCUGACACAGUCCGCAACGGGGAUUCAUACACGACUCUGGAGCAGGGCAUUUGUUUUCGAAUCUGAAGGGAGUCGAGUGGUUUACGUGAGUGCUGAUAUUGGCAUGGUGGACCAGGCCAUAAAAACCCAGGUGGUCGCCGAACUUCAGCUUCGAUUUGGCGAAACUUACACGUCGCAAAAUGUGCUUUUAUCUGGGACCCACACUCAUAGCGGGCCCGCUGGAUAUAUUCAAUACCUUUUGUAUGGAAUAACGAGUCUUGGAUUUAACCGAGACAACUUCAAAACAAUUGUGGAUGGCAUUGUUCAGAGCAUUGAACGGGCUGACGCCAACGUUCAGCCUGGAAAAAUUCUGUUCAACUCGGGUGAACUGUUGGCUGCCAACAUUAACAGAUCACCGUCAUCUUACUUAGCGAAUCCACAAGCGGAACGCGAUCUGUACACUCAUGACGUUGACAAAGAUAUGCAGCUUGUACGGCUCGAGAGUCUAGAUGGGAGUCCCUUAGGAUCAAUAAAUUGGUUCCCAGUGCAUCCAACUAGCAUGAACAACACGAACACUUUAUUGUCCGGGGACAAUAAAGGUUAUGCAUCCUUGCUCUUUGAAAGUAAAAUGAAUCCCAAUGCCAGACCGGGGAAAGGCUCUUUUGUUGCCGCAUUCGGUUCUUCAAAUCUUGGUGAUGUAAGUCCCAAUAUCGAGGGUCCACGAUGUAUAGAUACAGGACUUCCUUGCGACACUGAAACCAGUACAUGUUGCGAUUCGAAUGGACAGAAUUGCUAUGUCCAGAAGUGUAUUGCAUUUGGACCUGGAGUCAACGGAAAUAUGGAGGAAAGCACUAAAAUCAUUGGGGAACGACAAUUCACAAAGGCUGAUGAGCUAUACAGGGAUGCAACUGAAGCUAUUUCUGGUCCAGUCCAGUUUCAGCAUCAGUAUGUCAACAUGAGCUUGUUCGAGGUUGAAAUUACCAACGCUAAUGGACAAAAGGAAGUGAAAAAACUGUGCAAGGCCGCCCUGGGUCAUUCGUUUGCGGCUGGUACAACUGAUGGUCCUGGAAUGUUUGACUUUCAACAGGGGAACACGAACGGAAGUAUCUUCUGGGACUUUAUCAAGGAUUAUUUAAUAAAUGCGACAGAAGAGUUGAAAGAGUGUCAAAGUCCCAAACCUGUACUCCUCGCAGUGGGGGAAGCUUUUUUUCCUUAUGAGUGGGUACCCUCUAUUGUGGAGACGCAGGUUUUGCGAGUUGGAAACUUGUACAUCCUCGGCGUUCCUGGCGAAUUGACGACAAUGGCUGGUCGUCGAUUGAGAAAGGUUGUGGAUGAACUUGUUUCGAACAAACUUCCGGGAGAACCAGCUCCCCGAGUAGUCGUUGCAGGGCUGAGCAAUGUGUAUUCUCACUACAUUGCCACGUUUGAGGAGUAUCAAAAGCAAAGAUAUGAGGCAGCUUCAACUGUGUAUGGUCCGCACACUUUAGACGCCUAUUUGCAACAAUUUCCAACAUUGGUUCAAUCAAUGAUUGAUGGUACAAAUAUUGGACCGGGACCAUUGCCACCAAAUUUAUUAGACCAACAGUUUACACUAGUACCUGAGGUUCAACAAGAUUCGACACCCUUUGGAAUGACUUUUGGCGAUUUAGUUUUAGAACCAGAGGCGACGUAUCAAGGCAGCGAUGUUGUGAAAGCAAUUUUCGUUGGAGGACACCCCAAGAACAACCCAUUGCGAGAAGGAACUUUCCUAACAAUUGAACGGGAAAAUGAAGGAUCUGCUCGGUGGCAACUUGUUCGCACGGAUGCAGAUUGGGAUACAAAAUUCCACUGGAGUAGACCAGCCCUUGGCAGUACUCAAAGCCGUAUUGAAGUGUCUUGGGAAACUCCGACAGAUAUUCCAGAAGGAUUUUACAGGAUUAAGCAUUUCGGAUACUAUAAGCCAAGUCCAGAGGAACCCCCAAGACCGUACCAAGGAACAUCAGCAGUUUUUCAGAUUGUGGGACCGGGAUCACAACCAAAAUCUCAUCCACUGUGGAAUCCGAACCACAAGACCACUAAAUCCAUCAAAAGUGCAAGAGACUUUUGGUAUGCUUUAGCCCAUUGACACAUUUUUGUUUUAUGAAUCUAUACUUGAAUGUUUUAGUCACAAUCUAACUUUGUAAUCGGUAUAAUUUGGUACACUAAAUUUGCUUUCAUUAAACGCUCUUCCCAAGUUUGCAAAA